UGUAGGAAUUUUAUUACCGUACUUAUAGUAUUUUUGUAAACAAUGUUUCGUUACUUGGCUAAGUUUUGUUAGAUCGAUAUAGUUUUGUUUUCGUAAGUAGGUAUGGGGUUAACCAGCAAUACUGGACUUUUAGCCAGCGUGCAGGCUAAACAUUCGGAAAGGCUUGUGAAGGAGCCAAUCCAGCUAUGCUGCGAGGUGUCCCCCGCGCCGUUCAUCUUGCGUCCUUACGCGGGACUCUACAAUCCCUUCUCCCACAACUGUUCAGUGCUCUGCAAUCACCCAGCUGACACCACUGCCAAGGAGUACGUGAGGAGAGCUAAGGAUGCUUGGGUGGACGGCAAGGCGCACCAUUUUCAUGAAGACCUGUCGAAAUUCGAAGACUGUGAGAAGGAGAAAACGCGGACACCUCACGACAUUGUUACCGAGGACAUGUUUAGAAGAUACACGGAGACCGACUCGCGGCCGCUGACGCCCGCGCCGACGCUCGCGAGCGGCAAGUCGCGGGGCUCCCGCCGCUGCCUCACGCCCGACCAGCCGCUGCAGCGGACCGCCAUCGUGCUCGACCUGCGCAGAAGCCACAGCCAGGAGACCCUUUACUACCGUGGCUACUCUGUCUCCGACGUGACCCACCACACCAGCAGCCCCACCAACGAGAGGUCACUACCCUCCCUCCACCUCUCUGACAACCGUCUGAAGCAAUGCGAGCAACUGCCGCCGCUCGCUUCGCCCCUGGUACUCUCCAGACGGAGUACUAGGGAACCAGUCAGCGUUAGAUCGGAUAAGAAGAACCAACUGAAAGCGUUGAACAUAGGAAAGGAGAAGAAACCCAAGAAGACAGAAGCGCCAGCGUCGCAGAGAUCCAGGAGCGACAAGGAUGCUAAUGGAUCUGAGCCUAUUGAUAACCCAGAUGAUAGCGGCGAAGUCCGGCGUCGCGGCAAGCGGCGCCGCAAGGUGCGCGGCGGCAGCGACCGGCUAACGUCAGCCGGGCUAGCGGCGCAGGCGCAGCAAGACCCUGAAACACAGGUUGCCGGCAUAGACACGGACUCCCGCAACCACAGUUCCCGUGGCUCCAUAGCCCCGCCCCCCGACACGCCCCUUCUGCCCCUCAUCAAAUCAGCGCCGCGCAAGACCGACUCGUUCCUGGACGACGAAAUACUGAAAUAUCUGCAUAGAGAAGUGGAUGAGGAGGCGAUUGAGACGGAGUUUGAUACGAAGCGUCGCUACGUGCUGCAAGAGGCGUUGCGUACGCGGCCGCAGCGGGCGCGCACGCGUGACCUCCUGCGUGCGGGGGGUCUAGGAGGUCUAGCGGAGGGUCUGGGGAUUCUAGGGGAGCAGGGGGUCUCCGGGCUGGGGGAGUGGCUGCACGUGCCGCGCGUGUUCUCCCGCAGGAACGCGCGGUUCACUCUGCCCAUUGAUACCAACGCGCUAGCAGACAUAACGCCGAUGCAGUUCGCGGCGCGGUACGUGAGCAUACAGAAGUCGAAGCGGCUGCUCUACCUCACAGUACUGCGGCGAUUCCGCGACGGAUACAGGAUGCCUAUAGCCGAUAUCCCAGAAGGUCUCGUGCUGAUGAUGGGUGGAAUACUAACCCAGGAUCACGUAAGAGAGUUCGAGGACAUAAUGCGAUGGGGGGAGUACGUGGAAGGGAGUGACCCUGACGACAUCAAGUUGACCCUGGACACUGAUGGACUAGAUGGAGAUAAGAUAGAGGUGGAGAGCAACACAAUAACGUUCAGAACGUGGUGCGGCGUUUGCGCGACCUGCGAGCGGCUUUACGGCCGCUUCCCCGCCAGAGACCAAGAUCCGCCGGACGGGAUGGAGUUGAGCGACUUCUCGAUGAUUGAAACGAAGCUGGUCAUGUUGACUGUGCCCCCAGGGCUGGAGAAAAUAUUGCGAACCAUCAGCAACAGAUAGAAAUUACAUCAAUAAAACAAUUUAAACAUC